AUGACUCGUAUCAGUUGGAUAAAUGGUCUUGUUGGUGGUCUUUUAAUAUCAUCUUGUUGUGUUAUUCAAUUAUUUUUGAAUUUAUUUGGUAUUGGAUGUGCUGGAUUGAAUACUCUUCUAUUACCUUAUCGACCAUUAUUUAUUUCAUUAACUAUUAUUUCAUUAAGUUAUUCAUUUUUUCGUUAUCGGCCAUCAAAAUGGCAAUUUACAAUUAUUAUUAGUAUUACAUUAUUACUUUCAUUUUCACCUGAACUUCUUCGAAUUUAUAAUAAUCAAUUUUCAAGAAAUAAUACAAUAGAUCAUGACUUGAUUAUUACUUAUUGGGAAAUAUUAGGAAUGCAUUGUGAAGGUUGUCGUUCAGCUGUUAUUCAGGCAUUACGAAAACUUAAUGGAGUUCUUAGUGUAAAUGUUAAUCUUGAAACUGGCCGAGCUAAGCUAACUUCACGUAAUACUUUAGAUACAGAUGCUGUAAUUCAAGCUGUUCAAUCAGCUGGUUUUCAAGCGAAAAAACUUAUGUGA